CUGGAGUGUCCCCCCUGAGUGACACCAGUGUGUUGGACGCUUUAACUUAACGGUGGGAACACUUCUGAACACAGAACAGUAGAGUUGGGGUCUCCACGGGGGAGUGGAGGUCAGCUCCUGGACGACAAACUUGUGCUGGAUUUGCGUAAAGGCGCAACGACCGAGAGACGUUUUUUUUUUUCUGAAGUGGUUCCACUGGGAAUCAAACAACAACACUGAGGACGUAAAACUGCUUCAUGGUUCAAAACUACUCUGAAUUUCCUGGUCCGGGUUCACAGCUGCUUCAGGGAUAAAUGAUCACCUCAACCAGAAGAGUGUCUCCCGAUAAAUCUGAAGUUAGAAUCGCCUUCAGCCUUGAUGAGACGUCAGAUGUAAAAGAUGUGGAGGACCUUGCUAAGACUUUCCCAGACCUCGAACAACGAUUACAGGUAAACAGUUGCAUCACAUUACAUUGAAUUACACAAUUUAACUGUAAAUUUCUAAGAAUGUCUCUACAUUUUAAAUCUUUAACCUGCUCCUCAAAUCUCGGUAUCGCUCGUCCACGUAGGCGCAAGUUGCUGUCGGAGCUGGUGGAGGACGAGAAGGUUGCCGUGGAGAUUGCCCGUCUCGAGGAGGAAUUCCGCCGUCUGACGGAGGAGAACCGCAACUUGGUGACUGUCCACAACGAGCGCGCACAGCAGCUGGAGAGGCUCUGCCUGUCCGACCGAACGAGGCACGACUCCUCCUCGUGACCCCUGACCUCUGCAGAACCUGAGACGUCCAGCUGACACACUGGGGCCAGGGAACCAACCAGAACCAGAAAUAAAGGCCCAGGCUGUAGCACUCGCUCUAGACGACGGCUGUGGUCUGUGAAUCAGUUAAUUACACAGACAGAUGCCUUGUUUGUCCAUGUCUGAGUCAUGUGUUUGAACCGCAGAUGUACUGUCAUCAUCAGUGUGAAGGUGUUAGAGUGAAUCUACCGAGCUGUGACACAGGGCCGUCUUUCUGAGUGCACUGUUUUCUUAUUAUGUGAUGUUGCGGGAACCUCGGCUGGUUGUCUCACGGUGUGAAUUCAUAAUGUCAGCUGCUGUGAAAGUGACCAGAUCUGUGUGCUAUCUGUCUCAGGUCCUGAGGAGACUCAGAUCUCUUACCUGAGGUCUGGCUGUGGUCCAAGGAGUGCCCCCCCCCCUCUCCCCCCCCCGUAUCCGCCUGUCGGGUUCUUGUUAUGGUAAAACUGAAA